UGUCUUUCCCUUGGUUACGACGUGAGACUGCUGGCCUGUGCAGACUUCGCCCAGUGUUUAGCCGACCUGGCUCAAGCAAGGGAUGGUCCUGCUUCGGCCUCGCCUCCGAUCACCUUGCAUAUAUCAUCAAUUCGAAUCCAACUACACCCUUAAACCUCAGCCAAGUGCCAAUCGUGAUCUUGGAUUUCCGUCUCGCGGAUGCUUCCUUCGCAGAACCCAACUCCGUGUCACGCCGAGUCUGCCUUCUUCCGGGUCGCAUCCGCGUCGUCGUCGGCCGAGAUGGCAGCUGAGCAGCAGAGCCACCCGCAGCCAGAACCACCAGAGCCAUCCCAGCCGCCUCAGCACCAGGCGCGCCGAGAGAUGGUGAGGGGACGAUUGCGACCGCCGUCCAAGCUGCCCGCACCCAGAUCGUAUACCGUCGCCAGGCCGUCCAUCAGCGAAGUGACGAUAAGACGUCCGACCGACCGACAACUGCCCCGUAUGUGCUGCCGCGUGUUAAACCUGUAACCCCGAACGCUCAGG